CAACUAAAUGCUGCACUGGUUCUAAAACGUAAUCAUCUCUAUUUAGACCAUGAAAUAAUCCAUUAACCUUUAAAAAACACAUAUUAUUACAUAGACAUACAAAAUAACUUGAGGGCGAAAUUAUAGUUUUCAGCGAUUAAAGUUAUUGUUUAAAAAUUCGUGAGCGUAAUACUGGCAGUUAAAAAGACACGCUCUGCUGUUUAGCAAAAGUAUAAAGUACAUUUGGAAAUUAUUUUUUUUUUAGUCCGUUUGUAGAUGCGCUAAGAUGCAUUUUAGAAUUUUAAGUUUAGUGUUGAUUCUAUCGCUUCAAAAAUUCGGAAAAACGCAGAAUGUAACCGAUUUCUGGAAGGGCUUGUACUUUUAUAAAGAGUGUUUCUACAAAAAAUACCCCGGUGUGUGUUUGAAAGAACGAACUCUCGAAGCUUUGAACGAGACUAUUUUGGAUGACAGGACGAUAUUUUUGGGAUUUCUGGAAAUCCAGAAGAAUCCUGACUACAAUUUCAACAAAACUGAAGACGAAGAUUUACCCGAGGAGGAAACUGAGCGGAAUUUAAAGCUGAGCGAUGUGUUGAUGGACAAAAUCGAUGAGUUCUUGAAGUCCAGGACGAUUAGAUUGAAUCUGUCAAAUGCGUUUGAAGCAAGGAAAGGAGGCGGUGGAGGCGGAGGCAAGAAAGGAGGCAAUAUGGCGAUGAUGGCCAUGUGCGGCAUGGGCGUUAUGAUGGUUAACAUGGUGAUGGGCAAGAUGGCCAUGAUGGCAGGUUCAGCGAUGAUGAUAGCCAAAAUAUCUCUAUUGCUGUCCUUGAUCAUGUUGAUAAAGAAAAUGCAGGAGAAGGGCGGAGGAGGCGGAGAAGAAAAACAUAUAGUGUAUGCCGAUUCAGGACACAGCCAUGGUGGUGGUGGUGGUUAUGGUGGAGGGGGAUGGCACAGGAGUCUGGAAGACCCUCAUAAUAUUAUCUACAAAGGCCAGUGGACUGCCUCAUCAGAUAAUGGUUCAGGACCGAAAUUAGUCAAAGGCAAUACCCUCAACAUCUUCUACGUGAGCACCAUCACCACCGCCAAGGCAACGAACUUCACCAUCUUUGACGCCGUCAAAAAUGCCUACCAACUUUAUCUCGCCGAAAAUAAUAAACCACUACCAAAGGCACCACCAAGAUUAGAAAAUGUUCCUAAGAAGAAGUAUGUACUGCUAACUGCGUCAUCGUACAAAAAUACAGUUGAAGGAGUUACAAGCAGACAAGCAAGCCAAAACUUAAAAAUGCAAAAAGUCAAAACGGAGAUAUAUAGACGAACUAAAGAGUCCGCAGCCGAAGAAAACAAAAUUACCAUCAAAAUAGACGAAUGA